GAUUCCAAAUAAGAGUUUUCGUGGGCUCUGAAUUCAUAACCCUGGUCUUAGCUACACUGGCCCCAGCUCUUGAAAUGUGAAAAAGGUUUAUAAUAGCGCCUUCACGGGCAAGUGCGCUGGCUGUACUAUAAUAACAGCUUGCCCACCAUGUCUCACAGCACUUAUAAUAAACUUUGGAUAAAGGCGCAGGUGCAGCUGCACCACCUACUGGCUGAAGAACAGCGUCUGCAAGCACUGCCACCCGAGCGUAGCAAGAGAGCCUUCCUCCAGCAGCUGAGCACUUUGUACGUUCUGUACAUGCGGAUCUUCCGGCAGCUGGAGGAAGCCCAGGACCAGGUCAUCCACGCACAGAAGAGGCGUUUGAUCUGCGAAAUGCUGGAGGGCGUGAUGGGCCGCCUUCUGGAGCUGAAGGGCGCCAUGAUGGAAGGCGACGCCAGCGAGUUCCACUACAUGGACGACAUCCUGCAGGACAUGAAGCUGACGCCGGCGGACUUGGAGAUCCCCGUGCCUCGCCACUUCCGGGGCGAGCGAGCCGCCGAGCUUCGGGAGAGAGAGUUGAUGCUGCGCACCGCGCUCGGCCUGGUGGGCGGGGCGUCGGGCGGGGCAGAGCAGGAGGCCGCGCUCGAGCCACAGGAAGGGGCGCGGCCUCUGAACCGCAACGCGGCGGUGCGGGUCCUGCAGGUGGCGGAGAGGGCUCGGCAGGGCCGGUCUCGGGCGGAGUUCGUCAGGAAGGUGCAGACAGAGGAGGAGGCGAUGCGGAGGAGGAGGGGGAGGUCGAGGGCUGUAGAGGAGGGCCCGAGGGAGACCUCGGCACUGUGCAUCCAGAGGAUGUGGAGGGGCUACCUGCAGAGGAAGAGGACCAGGACGGAGAGGGACGAGGAGCUGGUCCUGCUGGGCAUGGCCGCGCCCGGGCACUGCGACGCGUCCUCUAUGCCGCCAAGCGCCGCCGUCAUCCAGGCAGCCGCCAACGAGGCACACCGGCGGGAGCGGCGCAAGCAGAACGAGGCGGAGUACCAGGCGGCUGCUGCCGCGGCAACCCAGGCAAUAAGGGACGGGGAGCUGCGGCACAUGCAGGAGACGGCCAAGGACCUGAUCCGCCAGUGGGUCGCGGAGUGCCGGGACGCCACAGGGGCUCUCCCGGACUACCCAGAGGAGGACGAGGGCGGAUCGGCCCUGAUCUUUGCCGAGCGCACGCAGGAGGAGGCGGGGGCUGGGGCGGAGCUCGCAGCUGACCCGAAGGACACGAAAGAUGACGGCGAGGAGCAGGGCUUAAAACUGCCGCCGUCAAAGUUCCUGCUGAGCCUGGAGGCUGCCCAAAAGACCUUUGCAGUAGUCUGGCAGAAUCGGGAGCGGCCCGACAGCCCAACGCAGAGGCACGAUGUAGAGCUGGUCAAGGAGGAAAAGAGGAAGCAGGUGGAGGAAGAGGCCAGGCGACAGGUGGACGAGCACAUGAGGGAGGAGCUGAGCAACCUGAAGAGCGCCAUGGGGGCCGUCGAGGGAGGAGGGAAGGCCAAGGGCAAGGGCAAGGCUAAGGACAAGAAAGGGAAGAAGGACAAGAAGAAGGACAAAGACCUGACGGUGCACAGGAGCGUGGAGUCUCUGUACCAGGAGCUGGCGGAGCAGGGGCUGCUGAAGCAGGCGGACGCCGUGAAGCUGAGGGAUUAUCUGGGCUCCUUCUGCUACCUCGGGACGACCCUGCAGCAACCCGGCGCCGAGCCGAGGCCGUCCGCGGCAGACGUGCGACAGCUCAUCGCCCUGCACGCCGUCAUACCGCUGGGCUCGCAGGCCGUCAACGAGAAAGCCCUGGCGGCCAAGACCAUCCUCCUCGUGGGGCCCACCGGCGUGGGCAAGAGGAUGCUGGUCCACGCUAUCUGCCAGGAGACGGGGGCCAACCUCUUCGACCUCUCCCCGCUCCACCUAGCCGGCAAGUACCCAGGCAAGAGCGGGCUCCAGAUGAUGCUGCACAUGGUCUUCAAGGUGGCCAGGCUGAUGCAGCCCUCCGUGAUCUGGAUCGGCGGCGCCGAGAAGAUGCUCUACAAGAAGGUGCCCAAGGAGGAGAAGGAAGCAGACCCCAAGCGGCUGAAGAAGGACCUGCCCAAGUUCCUCAAGUCGGUCGCUGAGGACCGCGUCCUGGUGGUGGGAACGGCGCGCGACCCGGCCAGCGCCGACCUCAAGUCCCUCCUCAAGAUGUACGCCAAGGUGUUCGUGCUGCCGCGGCCCGACUACGCCUCGCGGCACCUGCUCUGGAGGCGGCUCGUGGAGCGGGCCGGCGGGGAGGUGACCGGGGCCCUGAACAUGGGCUCCCUGGCCAGGAUGUCGGACGGGUACACGCAGGGCCAGAUAGCGCAGAUGGUCCGCAUGGUUCUGACGGAGGCCCGGCUGCGGCAGCUGCCAGCCAGGCCCCUGGAGGCGGCAGAAUUUGUGCCGGCCCUGGCGACGGUGGAGCCUGUGACUCGGGACGAGGAGGAGCUGAAGAACUGGUUCGCUAAAACGCCGCAGGGCAAGGCGCGGAGCGAGGCUGCCGCCGCCCCUGACCAGGUCGGAGCGUCUACAGAGGUACAGAAAGGUAAAAAAAAAGGAUAAAUAAAAUGUUUACAAGCACCUUGCCGCACCUGUUGUUGAACAGAUUGAAAUCAUUGGUCAAGCUUCUCAGAGAGCUGCUGAUGCUGUAGAAAUGCUUAAAACAUUUCAGACAGUAUUCCCUGUUACAUAUACUUCACAGUAUUCCCCAUUAAAGGCAUACAAUUCACAAACCCAACCCUUGUUCAAUUGAACACUACACAUACCUUUAUAAUAACUAUAUAAUACAAUUGGAACAGUGCAAGCAAUUUAUGUUAAUACGUGAACAGUAAUAUCAUAGUAUUCACAUUACCUUCCUCCCAAAUGACUUCCUUGCAAAAUCUUGCGAAGCACGAUUUGAAUGUGGUGAUUUUUUAAAGAUUGGGCUUCACUAAACAUAAUGAUAUUUGCUCUAUUGGGUGGACUUGCUAACUGUGCUCCCAUAGCAUGCCUUUCAAAAUAAAAUAUUAAAUAAAUAAAAAAAUUUUGGGGGGGGACAAGUUUAACUAGUUGUUUCCAAUAUUCGGAGCCCCCCCCCCCCCCCCCCAUUUCCUAUGCCCCUACAC